CACAGAUAUAAACAAACAAAAAAAAAAAACUAAAAGACUGGAAGUUAGCAAACAAGAGAGAAAUCUGUUCCAGCCGUAGUUGGUAGAAUCAGGAUUCCUCAGAAGGGAAGAAAGUUUAGGGACAAUAAGAAAAAAAGAGCAGUGCAUUUAAAAGUGUGUAAGAGUUUAAGAAAUGGUAUCCAAGGUUAUCUCUGCUGUUUGUUUAGCACUGUGGGUCAGUUCUUGUGCCUUCACCUUGGCUGAGGAUCCUCACAUGACCAGAGCUCUGAAGCUGAUGUCUGAGACACCGCUCAUUGACGGUCACAACGAUCUACCUUGGCAACUUCGAAAGCAAUUCAACAAUGAGCUCAACGAAGUAGAUCUUAACACACUCAACACAACGCACACCAACAUCCCUAAGAUCAAGGAGGGACGGCUGGGAGCGCAGUUCUGGUCAGCCUAUGUUCCCUGUGAGAGUCAGUACAAAGAUGCAGUCAGACAAACACUGGAGCAAAUAGAUGUGGUUCACAGGAUGUGCCAAAAAUACCCAGAAACCUUCAUGUUUGCCACCAGUAGCCAAGAAAUCAUGAAUGCCUUCAGCAUGAGCAAAACAGCCAGUCUGAUUGGAGUGGAGGGGGGUCAUUCAAUAGACAGCAGUCUGGGAACCCUCCGCAUCAUGUACCAGCUGGGCGUCCGUUACCUCACUCUCACACACUCCUGCAACACACCAUGGGCAGAUAACUGGCUUGUUGACACUGGAUCAGAGCCAUCUCAACACAAUGGUCUGUCUCCAUUUGGCAAGCAACUAAUUGUGGAAAUGAAUCGUCUGGGGAUGCUGAUCGAUCUGGCCCAUGUGACUGUUGCAGUCAUGAACCAAGUGCUGGACAUGUCCAAAGCUCCUGUCAUCUUCAGCCACUCUUCUGCCUACAAAGUCUGUCCACAUAAAAGAAACGUCCCUGAUGAUAUUCUCAAGAGCGUCAAUCAAACUGGGGGAAUCGUCAUGGUGAACUUCUACAAUGACUAUGUGACCUGCAACAAGAUGGCAAAGCUCUCAGAUGUUGCUGAUCACUUUGAUCAUAUAAAGAAAGUGGCCGGGGCAGGUAUCAUUGGUUUUGGUGGAGAUUAUGAUGGCGUUACCAGACUACCAGAGGGUUUGGAGGAUGUGUCCAAGGUGCCCAAACUUGUGGCUGAACUGCUGAGGAGAGGAUGGACUGAUGACGAGGUCAAAGCUGCUCUGGGAAAUAACCUGCUCCGGGUCCUGACAGCGGUUGAGAAGGUCCGUGACAGUUUGAGCGGCACAAAUCCAGACGAUGUUCCUAUUCCAUAUGAGGAGGUGAAGAACCCGUGUAGGACAAGCUACGGGUACCCCAAUGCUGGAGCCAUCCGAUCACUGAGUGCUCUGGUCCUGCUGCUUACACUGGCUCUUCAGGCUCUUGUCACAGUUUAACAGUCUGAUUAUCAGUGCAACUGAUUGUAUGUAAGUCAAGAGUUUGAAGAGUUUUUAAUGAAAUCUCUAAAAUCUGAAAACUUCUGUUUGUUUUUUUUCACAUAUCCCUCUGUACUGACAGCUGCAGUUUGAAUUGUCUUUAACAGCUUGUUUCUUGUCCUUUUUAAUGUUUUUCUGACAGUUUUACAGGUUAACUUUAGUAAAAAACAGAAAGACCAAAAACCAGUGACUCACAGCGUCACUGUUAUCAUAACAAAAAGGGCCAAAUUUAUCUUAUUUGUACUGUUUUAUCUGUCACCACACAACUGUCUGAAAGAGUGCGUGAUGACCAGGACAUACAGAUGAAGUCACACAAGUGUAACCUGAAAGAACGCAUACUAAAUUGUCAUUGUGAUCCAUCUAGUGUCCGGAGGAGGUAAUAUGUCUGAGAGCUUUCAAACAGCAAUUUUGUUGUUGUAUAUUUUGAAUUUAAUUUACAGAUAAAUUGGUUCACUUUACAGUAGAGACAAGAAAUAAGUCAAUAUUUCUUAGUUAUUUAGGAUUUGGUUUUGAAAUUCUUACAGUUGGUCAUAAAAACUCAGAUUCCACUGUUUUUUUUUAAUUGAUACAAAACUUGUUUGCCCCCUGAAGGUAAAAAAAUUAAUUCUGACUAGCAAUGCACAAACUGUUACACAAUAAAACCUCCUUCAGGCUGA